AUGAAAAGAUCAACUUUAACAAUCAAAUACGAUGAAAAAUUCUGUCGUGGUAAAGGAGGUAAAGUUAAGGGCAAGGCAAAGUCUCGCUCAAAUCGUGCUGGAUUACAAUUUCCAGUUGGUCGCAUUCAUCGAUUGCUGCGAAAAGGCAAUUAUGCUGAACGCGUUGGUGCCGGCGCUCCCGUCUACUUAGCUGCUGUUAUGGAAUAUUUGGCAGCUGAAGUUCUUGAAUUGGCUGGCAAUGCAGCACGCGAUAAUAAGAAGACAAGAAUCAUACCCCGUCAUUUACAAUUGGCCAUCCGUAAUGAUGAAGAAUUAAACAAAUUGUUGUCUGGUGUUACAAUCGCACAAGGUGGUGUAUUACCAAACAUCCAAGCUGUACUUUUGCCUAAGAAAACAGAAAAGAAGGCUUAAACUAUAUCUUACAACACUAUUUCUUUCGAAAUUUUCGAACAACA